UGUACCCAUCAGUAACUCUCAUCAGAGAAAGAAGUAGGAUCUCAUUGGCUCACAUAAACGUCUCACUAAUUCAUCAAGACACUAUGGAAAAGGGUCAGGCACCCAAUACAGACUUACCAGCACCACCGUACCCCGGUCCCCCUUUGGACCACAAAGCUGGAGUCUCCCAACCAGCUGUUCAGCCUGUUGUUCAGCCUGUGGUUCAGCCAGCUGUUCAGCCUGUUGUUCAGCCUGUGGUUCAGCCUGUGGUUCAGCCAGCUGUUCAGCCUGUUGUUCAGCCUGUGGUUCAGCCAGCUGUUCAGCCUGUGGUUCAGCCAGCUGUUCAGAUUGUUCAACAGCCUGCAUACCAACUCAAUGCACAGCAACCUCAGGUCGUACAGCCAGUGAGUCAGGUGGUGGUGAUGCAGAGUCAUCUCCCAAAACAUGUUCCUGGACAGAUGAAGUGUCCUCAUUGCCAAACCGAAGUUGUGACUAAAAUCGAGUACAAAAUUGGGAUCCUCACCUGGUUACUUUUUGCCGCAUUACUACUCGUAGGCUGCUGGCCUUGCUAUGUGAUCCCCUUCUUCGUCAAAGAAUGCAAGGAUGUGCAGCAUUCCUGCCCCAGCUGUAACACUGUAAUCCACAUCCACAAGUACCUAUGAAGCAGAACUACAGUUUACCGUCUACUGAAGCAACAGCAGCAACGCAUCUCUGUACAAGCCGAUAUUAUUUUUAACCCUGUGCUUACCCUGUGUGUUAAAUAUAUGUUUUACCUGUAUAUGUACUGAACAUACUGAUAAAAGCAUACAUAUACAUAUCAGCAGUAAAAGAGCUUUCUUGUUUUCCAGAUGAUUAUUUGAAUCAUGUUAUAAAAAAUAUAAGUUAAUUAUCAGGAUUGCUUUUCUUUGUUGUUUUUUUAAACUUGAAGUGAGUGGAGUGGUCUUGGUAUGAAAUACCUCAGCGAUAAAGUGAAAUGAAGGAUAAUAUGUAUUAAAUGAAGUCUAGGGGAUUUUUUUUUUUUUUUUUUAGAAUAUUCCUACGAGUGAAAUUUACACAUUUUUCCACUUAAAGUUAUUAUAUUGAUUUUCGUUUUGAUGACAUAUUGAAUGUUUUUAAUCAAAUUUCUAUUAAUAUAAAAAGACAGCAAAACUGAUAACAAUACAACUGAAGAUAACAUGUCAAUAUUGACCAGUGAUCAUUGUUUGCUGCAAUAAUUUAGUCUUUUAAAAACACCGCACACUUUUCAUGCAACAUUAACUUUAAAAAAAAAAUAAAUGUAUUGUCACCCAAUAGUUAUUACCUAAAUCACUCAUACAGUUUCUCUUGGCUUAAUUCUGUUUACAGUUAAGUCUUUUUUAUUACAAUAAUAAUUCACUGUUUGUAAGAUGGAAUCAUGAUCUACAAAUAAAUAAAUGUUUAAUUAUCA